GCUUUUUUUGUUUUUGGUCCUUUUCUCUCUUUUUUUCUUGCCAUUUUGAGCCUUUUGCAGGAAGAAAGGGUUCGAGGCAGGUGAGCGCGCAUCCUGCGUGCUGGGCGCGCUCCCCUGGGACCGCCUGCACCCAGGACCCGAAAGUUUAUUAUUUUUUUUAUUUAUUUUAAACAAAUUCAGAUGUAUUGAUAAACAUCUAAGUCCUUUUCUUUUUUUCUUCCCUUAUCUCCUGCCACCUUGGGAGCGAGUACUUUGGGGCCAAGGACGGAGGAAAGGCUCAACGACAAAUCGGGUGUGGGGCGGGAGGGGCCGACUUUUUUGUUUUUUAAAGGAAAAAAAAAAAAUCUCGAGUGCAUCGCGAUGGAGAAAAUGCCCCGCCAGCUGCCCCUGAACCCCACCUUUAUCCCGCCUCCCUACGGCGUGCUCAGGUCCCUGCUGGAGAACCCGCUGAAGCUCCCCCUACACGAAGACGCAUUUAAUAAAGAGAAAGACAAGGAGAAGAAACUGGAUGAUGAGAGCAGCAGCCCGACAGUGCCCCAGUCAGCGUUCCUGGGGCCCACCUUAUGGGACAAAACCCUCCCCUAUGACGGAGACACCUUCCAGCUGGAAUACAUGGACCUGGAAGAGUUCCUGUCGGAAAACGGCAUUCCCCCCAGCCCGUCCCAGCAGGACCACAGCCCCCACCCGGCGGGACUGCCGCCAGCCGCGGCUGCCCCCUCAGUCAUGGACCUCAGCAGCCGGACCUCGGCACCCAUUCACCCCGGCAUCUCGUCUCCCACCUGCGUGCAGAGCCCUGUCAGACCAGGUCAGCUGUUGCCAGCAAACCGCAAUACUCCAAGUCCCAUCGAUCCAGACACCAUUCAGGUCCCAGUGGGUUAUGAACCGGAUCCAGCAGAUCUCGCCCUGUCCAGCGUCCCUGGCCAGGAAAUGUUUGACCCUCGCAAACGCAAGUUCUCUGAGGAAGAACUGAAGCCACAACCCAUGAUCAAGAAAGCUCGCAAAGUCUUUAUCCCUGAUGAUCUGAAGCAGGAUGACAAGUACUGGGCAAGACGCAGAAAGAACAACAUGGCGGCCAAGCGCUCCCGUGACGCCCGCCGGCUGAAGGAGAAUCAGAUUGCCAUCCGGGCCUCGUUCCUUGAGAAGGAGAACUCGGCCCUGCGCCAGGAGGUGGCUGACUUGAGGAAGGAGCUGGGCAAGUGCAAAAACAUACUUGCCAAGUACGAGGCCAGGCACGGGCCCCUGUAGGAGGGCAUUUUUGUGGGCUAGCUUUGGAAUGGAUGGACAGUUCGUUUCCUGUCUGAUAGCUCCACACCCAAACCAACCUUUCUGACAUCAGCACUUUACCAGAGGCAUAAACACAAUCGAUUCACGUUUUGGUGUACAUCCGUAUGUAAGUGUGUGUGUGUGUGUGUGUGUGUGUGUGUGUGUGUGUGUGUGUGUGUACAUGUGCUCAUGCCGGGAUGUGUGUGAGAUUGUGUGUGCGCGCGCGUGUGUGUUUCCUUUGCACUUGCCAUUUCUAGGUAGUCCCCUCAUUCUGUUUUAGUUCCAAAAAAAGGAAGGUGCCAUGUUUUUACUAAACCCUGGAGACUCUAGGAGUCUUCCUCCCCAUCCUUUUUCUCAGCUCCUGCCCUUUCCCUAUGGCUUCGUGUUCCAGCUUUCCUACUCGGUCAGGACUCUGGGUUCACCCUGAGGGGCCCCUGCUGCCUGGGCGGGUCUCAGUUCUCAAGAGUUCCAGCUGACAAGGUGCGCCAAACAACUGACUUCACACUACACUGCGUUUCUACUCACAGGUUGCUUUCCUCCUAUUUUGAGUUUUGGUGGAAAUCGUCUUCAAAUUUAAAGUGCUGUUUAGAUUUCUUGGAUCCCAAGUUUACUUACUGCUAAUAAGUUUCCUUUUAAUUCUUCCAGUCCCAGAUAAGUAAGUCAGAGUACUGUCGUAGAACACAGAGUGUGUCCGUGCACCGUCUGUACCUAAAGCAAUAACCCUGCUGUGCACUAGAGCAUGCUGCCUGAGUAUUACUAGUGGACGUAGGACAUUUUCCCUGCCUAAGGAUCUCACUGUCUUUUAAAAACAAAACUUAACGCAUUUGAGCAUGACCAGAGCAUCCCCAGUUCAGCGAAGCAGAGAGAAACGCGAGGUCAAAGAAUGAAGGGUUAAUUUCUCAGGCCACAAGCCAGAAAAAAAAAAGUGUCUUGCCCAUCCUUGGAUGUUGCCACGUUUGGUUUUCUCUCCCAAACCUCAUCCACCUCCUACUUUUCUAGCUAACCUUUUCCUUAUCUCCCUUGAUAUUCAAAGACACUCUGAGUACUUAAGAUUCAAAUUUCCCAUUUUUGGUAAUAUAUAUAUUUUUUUGUGAAUUAUACUUUGCUGUUUUAAAAAAAUCGGUUAAUAAGUUGAUGUUUCAUUAAGACCCUUUUUCCUCAUGGUAUCCUCUUUGAAUGCCUCACAAAUUAAUGAUUCUAGAGCUUAUGUUUCUUUUUUUUUGUUUGCUUUUUGAACGUAUGUGCUCUUAUAAAAUAGACUUCUGAAAAACGAAUGUAUAAGACACUGGUGUAACUUACAAGGGGAUGGCGUGUCACAGACUGUGGUUAACCCAAUCAAUCUAAAUGUUUACUAUAGACCAAAAGGAGAUUAUGAAAUUGUUUAAUGUUUAUACAGAGUAAUUAUAGGAAGUUCUUUUUUUGUACAGUAUUUUUCAGAUAUAAAUACUGACAAUGUAUUUUGGAAGACAUAUAUUAUAUAUAGAAAAGAGAAAAAGGAAAACUAUUCCAUGUUUUAAAAUUAUAUAGCAAAGAUAUAUAUAUUCGCUUGUGCUGUACAGAGAAGACGUGCUUGGGGGUUUUUGAAGUCUUUAAUAUUUUAAGCCUAUCACUGACACAUCAGCAUGUUUUCUGCUUUAAAUUAAAAUUUUUAUAACAGUAUCAAGGCUUGCCGUGAUGAAUCAUGCUCUGAAAUACACAAGGAGGUUCCUUCUUUCUUCUUAGGUCUCUGAAAG